CCUCCCCCCCGUCGGCGCAGCGCUGUGGUGAAGCCGCAUUGUUUGUGCCGAGGGGGGAGGGGAGCUUCUCAGCCCCGGGAGCUGAGCGCCGAGCCCGCAGCCGGACGGCGAUCUGCGCCGCGCCUCACGAAUGCGCCGCGCCCGGCUGCAACAGCAGCCCCGAACCCAGCGUCGGGUCGUCGCCGUGGGCAGCGCGGCCCUCUCAGCGCCCGCUCGCCCGCCCGCGGCUGCCGGACGCGGGGCCAGGCGGCAGCACCGGCGGGAGCUCCGCCAUUAAACCGGCCGCAGCGUCGGCCGCAGAGGCGGAGCGGGAGGUCUGUCAGCCGCGCUUCGGCGGCUCCCACAGCGUAAACAUUACCAAAUGAGGAGAAAAGGAAGAUGUCAUCGAGUAUCGGCAGCAAGGCAUUCUUCUUCCCCAUGCAGUAUUAAGCACUCCCCUACACGAGAAACCUUGACAUAUGCUCAAGCUCAAAGAAUGGUUGAAAUAGAAAUUGAAGGCCGUCUGCAUAGGAUCAGUAUCUUUGAUCCUCUAGAGAUUAUAUUAGAAGAUGACCUUACAGCCCAGGAAAUGAGUGAAUGCAACAGCAAUAAAGAAAAUAGUGAAAGACCACCAGUUUGUCUAAGAAGCAAACGGCAUAAAAAUAACAAAGUGAAAAAGAAAAAUGAAGCUCUUCCAAGCUCACAUGGUAUACCGGCUACAACAACUCCUCUUCCAGAACCAAAAGUACGGAUUGUUGAAUACAGUCCCCCUUCAGCUCCUCGGAGACCUCCAGUUUAUUACAAAUUUAUUGAGAAGUCAGCAGAAGAACUUGAUAAUGAAGUUGAGUAUGACAUGGAUGAAGAAGAUUAUGCGUGGUUAGAAAUAAUAAAUGAGAAGCGUAAAAGUGAUGGAGUGUCAGUUGUUUCACAAAAUAUGUUUGAAUUCCUUAUGGAUAGGUUUGAAAAAGAAUCUUAUUGUGAGAACCAAAAACAGGGUGAUCAUCAGUCUUUAAUUGAUGAAGACGCAGUGUGUUGUAUAUGCAUGGAUGGUGAAUGUCAGAACAGCAAUGUAAUCCUGUUUUGUGAUAUGUGUAAUUUAGCAGUACAUCAGGAAUGCUAUGGGGUGCCAUAUAUACCUGAGGGCCAGUGGCUCUGCAGACACUGUCUGCAGUCCCGUUCUCGGCCUGUAGACUGUGUGCUGUGCCCAAACAAGGGAGGUGCCUUUAAAAAGACUGAUGAUGAUCGCUGGGGACAUGUUGUGUGUGCUUUGUGGAUUCCAGAAGUUGGAUUUGCCAAUACUGUUUUUAUUGAGCCAAUUGACGGUGUCAGGAACAUUCCCCCAGCCAGAUGGAAGUUAACAUGCUACCUCUGUAAACAGAAAGGUGUUGGUGCCUGCAUCCAGUGCCACAAAGCAAACUGCUAUACUGCAUUCCAUGUGACGUGUGCUCAAAAGGCUGGUCUAUACAUGAAAAUGGAACCUGUGAAAGAACUAACUGGCAGUGGGACAACAUUCUCUGUAAAAAAGACUGCCUAUUGUGAUGUGCAUACUCCACCAGGUUGCACACGGAGACCUCUAAAUAUUUAUGGAGAAGCUGAAUUCAAAAACGGUGUUUGUAGAAAGGAAGGAUCAGUCAGAACUGCUAGGUCUACAUCAAAAGUCAGAAAAAAGACGAAAAAGGCCAAGAAAACGGUGGUUGAACCCUGUACGGUUAUGCCAACAGUAUCUGCUCCUUAUAUCCCCCCCCAGAGAUUAAAUAAGAUUAUGAAUCAGGUGGCCAUUCAGCGGAAGAAGCAGUUUGUUGAACGCGUGCACAGUUACUGGUUGCUUAAAAGACUGUCUAGGAAUGGUGUUCCUCUGUUGAGAAGGCUGCAGUCCAGUUUACAGUCACAAAGAAACACACAACAGAGAGAAGAUGAUGAAGAAAUGCAAGCCUUAAAAGAAAAAUUGAAGUACUGGCAAAGGCUGCGUCAUGAUCUUGAAAGAGCUCGUUUGUUGAUUGAACUUAUACGUAAGCGUGAAAAAUUAAAAAGAGAACAGGUCAAGAUUGAGCAGGUUGCUAUGGAACUUCAGCUUACUCCAUUCACUGUACUUCUGCGAUCAGUUCUGGAUCAGUUGCAGGAAAAGGAUUCUGCUCGUAUAUUUGCUCAGCCAGUGAACCUUAAAGAGGUUCCAGACUAUUUGGAUCAUAUUAAACAUCCUAUGGAUUUCUCUACCAUGCGGAAACGGUUAGAUGCUCAAGGCUAUAAAAACCUCAGUGAGUUUGAAGAAGACUUCAAUCUUAUCAUAGAUAACUGUAUGAAAUACAAUGCAAAAGAUACAAUAUUCUAUAGAGCUGCAGUACGGUUAAGAGAUCAAGGAGGUGUAGUGCUCAGGCAAGCUCGACGAGAUGCUGAAGGAAUCGGUUAUAAUAAUGAAACUGGAAUGCACUUACCUGAACGGCCUAAACUUGAGUCACCCCCACCUUUCUCUUGGGAAGAUGUGGAUAGGUUACUGAAUCCUGCAAACAGAGCGCAUAUGUCCUUGGAAGAACAGCUGAGAGAGUUGCUAGAAAAACUUGAUCUCACCUGUGCAAUGAAAUCCAGUGGGUCAAGGAGCAAAAGAGCAAAGCUGUUAAAGAAAGAAAUCAGCAGUAUUCGAAACAAAUUAAGUCAGCAACACAACCAAGCUCCUCAAAUAGAAUCAGGUAUUGGAAGUUUUGAAGAAGAAAGUGCAGCAUUAGAACAAGAUGGAGAAGAAGAAGGAGAUAAAUCUCCCCCUAAACUUGAACCAUCAGAUGCAUUACCUCUUCCUUCAAACUUGGAGACUAAUUCAGAACCACCAACCCUCAAACCAGUAGAACUCAAUCCAGAGCAGAGUAAGCUUUACAAAAGAGUAAAAUUUGAUAAUGAAUUAUAUAGCACUUCCAUUCAGAAAGAAAUAAAUGGACACACUCCAGAACACUUACUUGACAGUAAUCUCAAUGAGUCGACUGUUUCUGCUGUAGCUGAGUCAUCAACUGAUGUAAACAGACGUACAUCCAUUCUCUUCUGCAAAUCGAAAAGUAUAAGCCCCCAAAAGUCUGCAAAGAACACUGAAACCCAGCCAACUUCUCCACAGCUAGGGACCAAAACCUUUUUGUCUGUAGUCCUUCCAAGGUUGGAGACACUUCUGCACCCAAGGAAAAGAUCAAGGAGUGCAUGUGGAGAUUCUGAGGUUGAUGAUGAGUCCCCUGUAAAGCGCUUGGACACAGGUUUGUCAAAUGGUUUUGGAGAUGGAAAUAAAGAGAGAGCAUUAGAUGACACUCCAGGAAGAAAGGUUGAACCUCGUCGCCGCUGUGCAUCAGAAUCUAGUAUUUCAUCUAGUAACAGUCUUUUGUGUAAUUCCAGUUUCAGCCUACCAAAGUGUGGUAAAGGUAAACCUGCACUUAUUCGAAGACACACACUGGAAGACCGAAGUGAAUUGAUAUCGUGCAUUGAAAAUGGAAACUAUGCCAAAGCAGCAAGAAUUGCAGCUGAAGUUGGACAUAGCAGUAUGUGGAUUUCAACUGAUGCUGCAACAUCUGUUCUUGAGCCUCUGAAAGUAGUAUGGGCCAAAUGCAGUGGAUAUCCCUCCUACCCAGCUCUGAUUAUUGACCCUAAGAUGCCUCGUGUUGCUGGCCAUCACAAUGGUGUUACUAUACCAGUGCCACCUCUGGAUGUACUGAAAAUUGGAGAGCAAAUGCAGACCAAAUCAGAUGAGAAACUCUUCUUAGUACUGUUUUUUGACAAUAAAAGAAGUUGGCAAUGGCUUCCCAAAUCCAAAAUGGUUCCCCUUGGGAUAGAUGAGACCAUAGACAAGUUAAAAAUGAUGGAAGGGCGUAACUCAAGCAUACGAAAAGCAGUCAGAAUUGCUUUUGAUCGUGCUAUGAAUCACCUGAGUCGAGUCCAUGGAGAACCAGUCAGUGACUUCAGUGACAUUGACUAACAGAGAUUCUACCAACGCAUGAAAAAUCCCAGAAAGACUUGAAUUGUGCUAAUGAACCUCUUUGUCUAAAAGAAUGUAUUGAAGAUAUGACCCCUUUGUUGUUGAUUCAGUGGCUGAGUUCUGCAAACUUGAAAUAGUUGAGCAAUUCUUCUAAAUCACCAUUGCCAUAUUGAUUAAUGAUUUUAUUGUGAUGUAGUUUGGAGGAUUUUCCACUAAACCUGUUAAAAUGUCUUGUUCAUAGUGUUCAUAAUUGUACAUAAAUGUAUAUUCAACACUUAA